CGAAAAGCUCCUCCUCCUCGUGCUGACGCUCCUCCCAGACUGCAGGGAGCGCUGCUCUUGCCCCAGCCAGGAAAAGACCUUGUCCAGAGGAAGCUCCUGCGCGGCCUGUUCUGAUUAUGGCUCAGCCGCCACCGCCUCCCUUCGGCUCGCGCUUCGCGGGGCCGCCCCAGCGCGCCGCCUUCCCCCCGCCCGCGCUUCCCCCGCCGGGGCCUUUCCGGGGACCGCCGCCUCAGCCCUUCCCGCGGGCCCUCUACCCGCCGUUCCCAGCCGGGGGCCUCCCGCCUCCCGCAGGCCCGCCUUUCCUGCCGCCGCCGCCGCCGCCGCCGCCUCAGUGGCCACCGGCCCCGCCGCAGCUGCCGGAGCGGCCGCCGUUGCCAUGGAGACCGGAGGGCCCGCCGAGGCCGGCGCCCGAGGCCUCAGACGUGCCGGGCGACGAGGCCUGUGACCGCGACGAGGCCUGGCUGAGCCGCUUCGCGGCGCGCCGCCGACCGUCCGCCGCCGCCGCCGCCGCCUCUGGGUCUCCCCGUCAGGAGCGCGGCCUGACGGCGGGCGAGGCGGCGCGGGCGGCGGGCGAGGCGCUGCGGGCGUUGGCGCGCGUGGCGGGGCUGUGCGCGGCGUGGCGGCGGCGGGGCGAUGAGGCGGCGCCGGGCGAGGUGGCGGCGGCCGAGGCCGGCCUGGAGGAGCUGCGCGCGCUGGUGCGGCCGUUGCGCGAUCCCGGCGCCCUGCAGCUGCUGCGGGCCCGGCUGGAGCGGGGCCGGCGGAAGAGGCUGCGGCGGAGGCGGCAGAGGCAGGAGGCCCGCGCCGCCCGGCAAGAGGAGGCGGCCCGCCGCGCCGAACGGGAGGCUCGCGUCAACCUCUGGAGGGCCCGGCGGGCCCAGGAGGCGGAGGACCGGCACCGGGAACAAGAACUUAAAGCUGCUGCCGAUAGUGUGUUAUCAGAAGUGAGAAAAAAGCAAGCAGACACAAAGCGGAUGGCCGAAAUUCUGCGUGGCUUAGAAAAGCUUAGGAAACUAAGAAAAGAAGCAGCAGCAAGGAAAGGGGUUUGCCCGCCACCAGCUGCAGAUGAAGCCUUUGAAAGUGAAAUUCAGAAUUUAAGAGCAUCAAUUAAAAAACGCACUGAACUCUAUGAAGCUGAAGAACGAGCUCUCCGAGUCAUGCUGGAAGGCGAACAGGAAGAAGAAAGGAAACGGGAAAUGGAGAAAAAGCAGAAGAAAGAAAGAGAAAAGCUCCUGCAGCAGAAGCGUGAAAUGGAUUCCAAACUGUUUGGGGAUCCAGAAGAAUUUCCACUUGCCCAUUUCUUGGAGCCAUUCACACAAUACUAUUUGCAAGCUGAAUGUUCCUUGCCAGCUCUCAUCCAGAUCAGGCACGAAUGGGAUCAGUACUUGGUGCCUGCAGGUCACCCUGAAGGAGAUUUCAUCCCACCAGGAUGGGUCCUUCCAAGUCCUCCCUCCAGUGACACGUGGGCCACUGCUGUCAGGUGAGAACUUUGAAGCACCGUUGAAGACGAACACAUAGCAUAAUUUGCCAGUUUGGGAAGGCUGAAGUAACAAUGUAUGAUUGAUAACUCACAUUAGAACGAGUUCUUUUGAGAAGACCAGUAUUGUCUUUAAAAAUGCUGUUAAAAGUAUGGCAUUGAUACUUAUUAUAGUGCUUGUAAGUCCUCUCUAGCAUCUGGUUAUACUUUAGUAUCCCAGGAUUUUGAUCACGAAAGAAGUAUCAAUGAAUCACUGCUGUGCAUGUAUUGGAGUUUGGGAUAGGUCUAUACUGGGGUAGGCAACCGUGGCUCAGGAAUUCUGGGAGUUGAAGUCCACGAGUCAUAAAAGAGCCAAGGUUGCCUACCCCUGGUCUAUACUUUAAAAUGAUUUUCGUCAGAAAUUUAUCCGAGUUUACCUUAAAUGGGAUGUAAGUGCUAUCAAACCAGUAGUGUAAUCUCAGAGAUAGAGAAAUAAAUUUGCCAUGGAUCUGCAGGGCGACAUUGGCAGAUAGAGGCCAGAUAUGAAGCUCAGCUUAUCUAUGGAGCUUAUAUAGUUCAGAGACCACUGAAUUAAUGCAUCAGCUAAAUAUUAUUGUAUGUGUUCUUAAUGUAAAGUAAACUGUGGGAACUCAGAAUUCACUGCCCCGGGCAACAUCGAAGGUGAUUCCUUUGGAACAGUAUCCAGAUGUUCAAAUAUCCAGCUCUCUUCCCAAACACCUCUGUGGUUAUCUUGGCCUUACAAGGCAGGAAUUAAAUGAAUUGACAGAUGGGGCCGAUAGUGGUUUCCUUUGAAGUUUUGAGUUCUUGGCUUUCAAAAAUGGCGGCGCUCAAUUGGAGUUGUAUGGCGUGAAUUAACAGUAGCAUUUCCAUGUUGCCACAAAAAGUGCCUUUCAUUUAUACACACAUACGUUACACAUACUUAGGGAAGCAUUUGUUUUGUUUUGUUUUUCUCUUAAAGUAGGAUAAUUAGAAUAGGAAUAUAAGCUAAAGGGUUUUUGCCUCUUUAUAUUUUUGUUAUACCAUCAAAGCACAGUUUGGCGUUCAGGGAAGGAAUCUUGAAUUACUGUGUAAUCCUGCUCUCCUUUCUGUGUUUUAAUAAACGAUCCCUUGCCAGCCUAGUUUGCAACCCUAAUCGAAGGGCACAUUUUCAGUUUAAAUAAAUGGCAAACUGUAGUUUGUACAGAAGCAUACAUCAUUCCUUGAAGUGAAAGAAUAUAAAGAAGCAGACGGAUUUUCUUGCCUGUGAAUUACUAGCUUUCAGGAAAUCUAUAUGUGCUUAUAUAGAUUUUCUGUAUAAAGUUGUUGAAAACAAUACACAUUCUGCAUAUAUUCUGUGAUUCAUAAACUGCAAAAAACGAGAAAUUACUAUUAAUGUGUUCAUACCAAAUAUUUCUCCACUGCUCAGCAAAUGUCGGCUGUAUUAUGCUCUUUCAGAUCUGUUUACUUCUGAAACAAAGUCCUAAGCAUUUAAUACCAGUUGCUUUAGUUCAGCAUUAUUUUUACUGGAAAUACAACGUUCUCCAAUCUCAUACUUUUUCCUGUAUUUCUUUAAGAAAAACUAUACUAUUAUUAUUUUAGUUUAAGACAUUUUAUUUGUAUAAGUAAACCAACAAACCCUGCUGAUCACCUUCUCUCCGACCUAAGAAAAAUUGAAACCUGAGGCAUGGCUGUUAAUGGCAUAAAAGAGCAUGCUGUACCCAAAUUGCUAAUACAAACCAUAGCUUUUGUCUGGUACAUAUAUGCAAUAGCUAGGCUUGUUCAACUUUUGUUGCAAGAUAAUUGUCAAAUAAUCUGCAAAGCAUGGUUUAUUGUCUUGUAAAGCUUUGCGACAAAGUAUUGGGGAUGCUGUAAUGAGAAACUGUAAAUUGUCAGAGUGACUUAUAAUCCUGUUUAAUAAAAGUAUGUUGCCUUUUGUUUAUACUUAAUAAAUUAUUAGCAUUUCAUA